CUUCAUUUCUAGCAGCCUCCCCGUUCAGUGUGGAAGCGAGUCUGUAGUGAGUCUGAGGUUAGCAUUGAGGUUUGAACAUUUCACUGAUCAAAUCCCGGUUCCUGACUGAGGUCCUGCUCAAUAAUGGGGGCUUGUAUGGCGUUAUGUUCACUUGCAAGCUGCGCAUCAUGUUUGUGUGGCUCUGCCCCAUGUAUUUUUUGUGGAUGCUGUCCAUCAUCCAACAACUCAACAGUCACACGACUGGUCUUCUCCUUCCUCCUGUUGUUAGGCACGCUCGUGUCUAUAAUUAUGAUCCUACCUGGCAUGGAGACUCAGCUUCGUAAGAUUCCUGGGUUCUGCCAAGGUGGGAGCACUAUACCUGGGCUCGAGAACCAGUUUAACUGUGACGUGAUUGUGGGCUAUAAAUCCGUGUACCGCAUGUGCUUUGCCAUGGCCUGUUUCUUCUUUUUCUUCGCUGCCAUCAUGAUUCGUGUCCGGAGCAGCAAAGAUCCUCGGGCUGCCAUUCAGAAUGGAUUCUGGUUCUUCAAGUUUCUAAUCUUGGUGGGGAUCACUGUUGGGGCCUUCUUCAUACCUGAUGGAACAUUUCAUGAUGUGUGGUUCUACUUUGGCAUUGUGGGUUCCUUUAUGUUCAUCCUGAUCCAAUUAAUCCUGCUGAUCGACUUCGCCCAUUCAUGGAAUGAGGUGUGGGUUAGGAAUGCCGAGGAGGGCAACAGCAAAGGCUGGUAUUUUGGUCUCCUUUUCUUUACCAUCCUUCACUACGCUCUGGCUUUUGCCGCUGUGGUGCUUUUCUAUCUGUACUACACUAAACCUGACGACUGCACCGAGCACAAGGUCUUCAUCAGCCUGAACCUCAUCUUCUGUGUCAUCGUCUCUGUGGUCUCCAUUCUGCCCAAAGUGCAGGAUGCUUCUCCACAAUCAGGUCUGCUCCAGUCAUCCCUCAUCAGUUUGUACACCAUGUACGUGACCUGGUCUGCCAUGACCAACAACCCUAAUCGGUAUUGUAAUCCUAGCCUGCUGAGCCUGGUGUCCAAUGUAAACGUCAGCACUACACAGCCUACACCAACCAGUGCCCCUGGUAUCGUGCAGUGGUGGGACGCCCAGGGCAUAGUGGGGCUUGUAAUUUUCCUCUUUUGCACUUUUUAUGCCAGCAUCCGCUCGUCCAGCAACGCUCAGGUGAACAAGCUGAUGCAAACGGAGGAGGGUCACGACUCGGCUGUGGAGGGAACGGUGGGAGACGACGGCCUGCGGCGUGUGGUGGAUAACGAGGAGGACGGAGUCACCUAUAGUUACUCGUUCUUUCACUUUCACCUCUUCCUGGCCUCACUGUACAUCAUGAUGACUCUCACCAACUGGUAUAAACCUGACACUACCACCCAGGCCAUGCAGAGCAGCAUACCGGCAGUGUGGGUGAAAAUCUGCUCCAGUUGGUUGGGACUGGUUCUCUACCUUUGGACGCUUUUGGCCCCAGUCGUCCUCCCCAACCGAGAUUUUAGCUGAGCCAUCUUUCUUCCUUAAAUGGGCAUAUGUGAGGAUGUAUAGGAGUGUCGAGUGUGCUACUUCUCUUCUUAAUGUUGUGGAGUUGUAUACACAAAAAUGUAUAUGUAUUAAUCUUCUCUAACUCGUUCAUUUCAAAUUCUUGGUGCAUUUUCUGAAGUGUUUUUUCUCCUUGUAUCUUUAAAUACUUGCUACUUGUAUUUUUAAAGGGACAACAGUUUAAACACCCUCCUAAAGCAGAAGGUGACGGUGCGGUACUAUUCAACAGUCCGUUUAUUUUAGCGAUCCAGCCACAAAUCUGAGUCUGCGUGAUAUUGCUGCUACAAAUCUUCUCUACCUAAAGUCCACUGAAUCUGGAGGCUCAUUUCAAUGUCAGGGUUGAAUAUUUCCGAUUAUUCAGGCACUUUGUCCUCAAGCAAUUUCAGCAUGGAUGGGAGCAUGUGAUACCGGACUUGCUGAUGGCUCAUGGGGCUGUCAGAAGGGGUUGUUUAUUUCCGGCCCUUACUGGAGCCUCAUGGAGUCAGUGUGUGGGAGAGAUAAGCACACCCUUCACUAUUGCGACACAUGCUGCAUCACACUUGCUCCGAGCUGCAAUAUUAAACACUGAUCUCUAUUGCAAACAUGGUGAUGGUGCUUUUUUACCUCGUUUUGCUUUACUGCUGCAGCAUAAACUGUGCCGUGUAUCGUGUCAGGCAAUAACUCGAAACGUCAUUUCAGUGCUGGUUAGGGCUUCUCUCUAGUGGACUUAGUGGUACAGUCAUUAACACUUCUAAAGGAAAAACUAUAUAAACCUAUGCAUGCACUAAAAUAUCACUUCUAAAUCCAAGGUUUUAUUGAUUGCAACUGAACAUGAUAUUCUGAUAUUUCAAUCACAGAAGCUUGGUACAAUACUGGAUCGAUUUGCUGAGCAUUUUUUUUUUGAUGUUGUGAAGUGGGCAUGUGAUCUUUUUGUUAUUGAAACAUUUCCUGUUCAAUUUGUACCUUUUUUUUUUUUAUCAUUACUGAUUGAAAAUCCUUAUUUUAAUAUAUUUUGCACUGUAUGUAUGCUGUGUGUGUGUGUGUGUGUGUGUGUGUGUGUGUGUGUCCCAAGUACAUAUUGAUGGUUGAAAGUGAUUUCAUUUUUUAUUUUCAAUACGUUGUUCAGUAAUAUAUGGGGGUUUUGUGAUUAUUCAGUGGAGUAUUCCGUCAACUCGGUUAAACUUUGGAGUGUUCUGGGUGUAUUUCUAUACAUGAAUAUUGUAAACAUUGAGAUGUUUUACUUGCAUUUAGAACUGUCCUUGAGGUCACAUUGGACCAAUUUGAAAUGGUUAAAUAUAUAUAGUGUAUAUAUAUGUAUGCAAAAACAUCUGAUAUAUUUUGCCCAGAAAAAAAACAAUUAACCCAAGCAUAUUGUUGCACGUAUGGUAUUGAUUUAAAAACAGCCUGAAAGGUUUUUUGUGGCGUCGAAACACUAAAAGUGCCUUAAUUGAUAACCUGGCUUAUCAACAACGUCCAGGCCUGGAUACAGACCUGAAGACACAAGUGCCUUUCUUGAUUUAUAGCAUCCAAAAGGAGCUGUUUUGGCAUUGCACAAUGUUCAAGCAUAGUGAUUUAUUGUAGUUUGAUCUGCAUGUGGUAAUUCUAAACACUUCAAUAAAAAUCAACUCUACACAUAA